CACCGCCCGCUGCGGUCCCGGGACGCCCCGGCUCUCGCUGAUUCCCGAGCUCCGGCCCCGCCAGCCCGGCUCCCGCCGUCCUUUCUUUCUCCUCGCCGGCCGGAGAGCAGGAACACGGUAACCACGAAGAUCCUACUAGACUCUGUAAAAGGAGCCUGACCGAUUUAUCCCCAGACAGUGGAACAGAACAAAUAUUGAUGGAUGGACAGCCACAGUCUUUAAAACCUUGGAGACUGGGAGAGUGAUUUGUUCUCCCCCCCACCCCAUGUCUGUAGGGUUAGGUUGCUUCUGAUGCAGUUGAGGAAAAUGCAGGCCAUCAAAAAGGAGCAGGCACCCCUGGAUCCUUCCAGUGGCGGGGACAAGAUAAUGGUGCUGAAUCCUGCCUUAACGGAGGUGGCUGAGGACCUGACCGCAGGCGAGGAGCUGCUCCUGAAUGAAAACGUGGGCAAAAACAAGUCUUCGGCCUGUCGGAGGAAACGGGAAUUCAUUCCUGAUGAGAAGAAAGAUGCCAUGUACUGGGAGAAAAGGCGGAAAAACAACGAAGCUGCCAAAAGGUCUCGGGAGAAGCGCCGGCUCAAUGACUUGGUUUUAGAGAACAAGCUAAUUGCACUGGGAGAAGAAAAUGCCACUUUAAAAGCAGAGCUGCUUUCCCUGAAAUUAAAGUUUGGUUUAAUUAGCUCCACAGCAUAUGCUCAGGAGAUCCAAAAACUCAGUAAUUCCACUGCUGUGUACUUUCCAGAAUACCAGGCAUCCAAGGCCACUGUGAACUCGUUUGUGGAUGAGCAGGAGCCUGCGCUUGUGGCCGGGAGCUGCAUCUCGGUCAUCAAGCACUCUCCUCAGAGCUCGCUGUCCGACACCUCCGAGGUGUCCUCGGUGGAGCACACGCAGGAAAGCCCCGCACCCGGUGGCUGCCGGAGCCCCGAGAACAAGUUCCCCAUCAUCAAGCAGGAGCCCAUGGAGCUGGAGAGCUUUGCCCGGGAGCCAAGAGAGGAGCGGGGUGCCUACUCAGCCUCCAUCUACCAGAACUACAUGGGGGGCUCUUUCUCUACCUACUCCCACUCCCCACCCCUCCUGCAGGUCAACAGGUCCUCCAGUAACUCCCCGAGAACCUCAGAGGCUGACGAUGGGGUGGUGGGCAAGUCCUCCGAUGGAGAAGACGAGCAGCAGGUUCCCAAGGGCCCCAUCCACUCUCCGGUGGAGCUGCAGCGGGUACAUACUGCAGUGGUGAAGGUCCCUGAAGUGAACCCUUCUGCCUUGCCACACAAGCUGCGCAUCAAAGCCAAGGCCAUGCAGAUCAAAGUGGAGGCCUUGGACAAUGAGUUUGAAGCCACACAGAAACUCUCCUCCCCUGCAGAGGUGACAUCCAAAAGACACUUCGACCUGGAGAAGCACAGUGCCUCAGGUAUGGUCCAUUCCUCCUCCCUCACUCCUUUCUCAGUGCAGGUGACGAACAUUCGAGAUUGGUCCAUCAAAUCAGAACACUGGCAUCAAAAAGAACUGAAUGGCAAAACUCAGAAUAGCUUCCAAACCGGAGUGGUGGAAAUCAAAGACAGUGGCUACAAAGUUUCCAACACGGAGAAUUUGUAUUUGAAGCGUGGGAUAGCAAACUUAUCUGCAGAGGUGGUAUCACUGAAAAGACUGAUAGCCGCACAGCCCAUCUCUGCCUCGGACUCUGGGUAAUGACUACUGACUGAGCUGCGUGCAGGAAGCCGCCAUGCGAUGGAUCAGUACGUUUUGUAUCAUGAUGGAUUUCCACUGGACCUCUGCUGUCAUUUCACUGUAAGCGUGCACAUGGUGUCUGUCUGGUGUCCUUGUGUACACAUGAACAUUAGACCGUCCUCACUGCCUUGUGUAUAGUCAGUGCACACGAAGGCUGUACACAGUGGACAUUAUUUUUGUUCUAUGAUAAAGUGUGUAAGUUGCCAGUUUCAAUAAAAAAAAUUGGUGACCAAUGCA